AUGAAAGAAGCUCUAGAAAAAAGGCAGUAACUACUUGAAAAGAAUACACCUCACUAUGCAGAGGCAAAGAAAAAUAUUGAUUAAACUUUGAAUAGUGAUUAAAACAUCAACAAAUAUUUUAAAUUAAAAAAACUAAGCUAAAUAAUUAAUCUUAAAAACUAUUAAAAAUUUUAGUAAAGUAAAUCCUAAUCAUAAUAAGCAGAUCAAAAUUGCAUAGCAAAUGAAGUUGCUUUAAAGAGGAAUUUUUCAGAGAAAUUUUUGGCAAAUUAAAGCACAACGAUAGUAAAAAAUUAAUCAACCAAUAAUUUAAUACAAAGUGGAUAGACAAGUUAAUAAAGCUAAUUAAAUUCUUUUAAUUAGCAAAUAUCAAUACAAAGAAUGUCUUAAAUUAUCAACACUUAAGGUAUGAAUUCAUCACGAAGCAGCUAAUUAGAUGAAAGUUCUAAAAACAACAUGCAAAAUGAAGAUUCUAAAAUGGAUCAUUCAACUUUUAACAAAUCAGAACUGAUGGAAAAAAUUAAAAAUAUUCACAAAAAUGUGUUAAAUUUUGAUAAAACAAGUUAUAAAAAGCAAUAUUUUACACACCUAAAAUAGAAUUUGUAAAAUAUUAAUCAGAAAAAUCACCAUAAUUUUUCAAAACUAUAAAGACAUAGUACGAAUAGUGUAUUUCAUUAAAAAAACAAAAGUGAAGCGGCAGAAUAAAACCAUUCAUAAAUUCUUAAUAAAAAGAAACUAGAAAAAGAAGAUGAGUAUUAUGGUCCAUGGGAUAUUUAGUAACCUGAUGGAAAUGGUUUUGCUAGUUUUAAUUGUUUUACCGACGAAUGCAAAUAAUGA